AUGACACAAGGAAAUAGCACUGAAGUGACUGAAUUCUUUCUCCGAGGAUUUGGUACCCAGCACAAGUUUCUCUUCGUUGUAUUUCUAGUCAUCUACGUGACCUCUGUGGUGGGUAAUAUUGGAAUGAUUCUGCUCAUCAAGACAGAUUCCAGACUUCGAACACCCAUGUAUUUCUUCCUACAACACUUGGCUUUUGUUGAUCUCUGCUUUACCUCUGCUAUCACUCCCAAGAUGUUGCAAAACUUCAUAGUAGAAAAUAAAUCUAUAUCAUUCAGGGGCUGUGUUAUGCAAUUAUUGGUUUAUGCAACGUUCGCAACGAGUGACGCUUACCUCCUGGCUGCUAUGGCAGUGGACCGUUAUGUGGCCAUCUGUAACCCACUCCACUACCGCAUUGUCAUGACCCAGAGAGUCUGCAUCCACCUGGUAGCUGGUUCAUAUGUCAUAGGCUCCAUAAAUGCUUCUGUGCACACAGGUUUUACAUUUACACUGUCCUUCUGCAGGUCCAAUAUCAUCAAUCACUUCUUUUGUGAUGUUCCACCAAUCCUCGCCCUUUCGUGCUCCAACACUGACGUGAACAUUAUGCUACUUGCCAUCUUGGUGGGAUUUAACUUGACGUUCACUGUGUUGGUCGUCGCUUACUCCUACAUCUCUAUCACAGUUGCCAUCCUAAAGGUAUCUUCUACCACAGGAAGGAAAAAAGCUUUCUCCACGUGUGCCUCCCACAUGACAGCAGUCACCAUUUUCUAUGGAACCCUGUCAUACAUGUACCUACAGCCUCAUUCUAAUAAUGUCCCGGAGAAUAUGAAAGUGGCUUCCAUAUGUUAUGGCAUUGUGAUUCCCAUGUUGAACCCCCUGAUCUAUAGUUUGAGGAAUAAGGAAGUCAAAGAAGCUCUAAAAGGGAUACUGGCAAAGGUCUUCUAG